AUUUAUUUUUAACUUAUCAAAAUGAACUAAAAUCAAGAAAAUAAUGAUCAACCUUAAUAAUAAGAAAAUUAAGUUCUUUAAAACGAAAAUAAAGUUGAAAAAAAAGUUGUUGUUUAACCUUUUGAAUAAGAAAAACAAAAAAUUUAAUAUAAAUACCUUGGACAUCCUCCUUUUGAAAUUAAUCCAGAAGAUGACGUAAAAAUUCAUUUCAUAUAAAGGAUAUUAGUUGUAUUGAAGGUAGAAUACCAAAUAUUCAGGCUCUUGAUAUGUGUCUUAAUUUAAAAAGAUUAUGUUUAAGAACAAAUUUAAUUGCCAAAUUGGAAGGAUUAUAAAAUUGUGUAUUACUUGAAGAAUUAGAUUUAUAUGAUAACCGUUUGAUUAAGAUUGAAAAUAUUGAGUUGUUAGUAAAUUUAGAAAUCCUAGAUUUAUCAUUCAAUAAUAUUAAAAAAAUAGAAAAUUUAGAAAACUAAAAGAAACUUAAGAAAUUGUUUUUAUUAAGCAAUAAAAUUAAAAAAGUAAUCUCUUUCUUUAUUAUCUAAAGAUUUAAAAUUUAGAUUUUCCUGAACUCACAAUGUUAGAAUUGGGAUCUAAUAAAAUUUAAGAAAUUGAAAAUCUUGAUAGAUUACCUUAACUUAGAGAAUUAUUUUUAGGAAAAAAUAAAAUAUCUCAAAUUAAGAAUCUUGAACCUUUAGCUAACACUUUAGAACUAUUAUCCUUAUCUUGCAAUAAGAUUUAAAUGAUUUAGCCUGAAAUAUAAAUCCUUUAAAACUUGAAUUAUCUAUAAAUAGCUGAAAAUUUCAUAACCACUAUUGAAAAUUUAAAUGGAUUAAAAUAAUUAGAAUUAUUAGAUCUUGCUCAUAAUAAAAUUACAAAAAUUUAAGGAAUAGAACAGUUAUAAAAUCUUUAAGAUUUCUGGGUAUUAUUAAUUAUGAUUAAUAGAUAAAUAAUAAUAAAAUUGAAUAUUUUAAAGACUUUGAAUAAUUGAAAUUGAAUCAAAAUAUUAAGACAAUUUAUGUUGAAUAAAAUCCAGUAGCUUAGUUUCCUGACUAUAAAAUGUAAUUAUUGUCUUUAAUUCCAACAUUAAUUCAGAUAGACGCAGUGAGAAUUAAAUGAGAAUGAGUAUAUUAAGU